GACGAGUGACUAAAAUGUUACCAAGGCAAUCGUCUGAUGAGGGGUAUUGUUUUUAAGAGAAAAGUCAUGCUGUGAAACACCAAGUGACAGCUCUGAGAAGACUUUGGGAAGGAGCUUUUUCAGCGUGGAACCAAACAAAGCUCAGCGAUGAGUCUGAAACAUCUCAACCCAGAAAUGACUGCGGAGAACAGGAGCGGUAUCAAUGGAAGCAGAGACCGGUUGGGACUGGGUUUCACUAUCGACUACCUUCUGUUCAAUAGAGUUAAAGGUCCUAAAGAAGAAGCAACAGAGAGUGGAGCGGCGGGGCAGGCAGAGAAUGGCGUGCUAAAUCAUCAAAAUCCCCAACUCAAAGAGGAGAGGAUCCCCGGUGACACACGGGGGGAGAGUCCACACAAGUCAGGGGCAGAGACUGAAGAAAGCAAAGCCGUCGAAGAGGAGGGGGAUGAAGACCGAGGAGGGAAGCAGGUGGAGGAGGUGACCACGACCACAGAGGGCUGCAAUCUGGAACAAUCUGUGAACAAACCCAACCAGUCCUACAUAGCUCUGAUCUCCAAGGCAAUUUUGGCUUCGGAGGAGAAGAAGCUGCUGCUAUGUGACAUCUACCAGUGGAUCAUGGACCACUACCCUUUCUUCAAGAGUAAGGAUAAAAACUGGAGGAACAGCGUGCGUCACAACCUGUCUCUCAACGACUGCUUCGUGAAAGCGGGGCGCAGCGAGAACGGCAAAGGCCACUUCUGGGCGAUCCACCCGGCCAACUACCAGGACUUUUCCAAAGGGGACUACCAGUGCAGGAGGGCCCGCCGGCGCGUUAGAAAGAUGGCGGGCCAGCUCCGCCUCCCUGCCCUGAGCGCCCACUACCACCCCCCCACAGGCCCCUCGUUCCCCCACAGAGGCCCCUGCUGGUGCUGCCCCCAGGCCCCCGCCCUGCCCCUGUCCUGCCUGGUUCCCAGACUCUACUGGCCCUGGACCAGCCUGCAGCCCCCGGCGGGGCUCCACCUCAGGCUGGACGCCUCCGUACCAUGA